GUAUCAUCACAUGAUUCUUCUACUACGCGGCGCGGACUACAGCUCCCGGCAUCCCCAGCGGCCGGGCCGGGCGGAAGUGCCCAGUGCCUGCCCACAUCUGUCAUGGAGAGCCCUGCUGCUACCUUCACCUUAGCCUACGUGGUGUUCGCGGUGUGUUUUGUCUUCACCCCCAAUGAGUUCCACUCGGCCGGCAUCACGGUACAGAACCUGCUGUCUGGCUGGCUGGGGAGCGAGGACGUGUCCUUCAUCCAUCACCACAUCAGGAGGACCACGGCCACGGUGCUGCUGCACUCCCUGCUGCCCCUGGGAUAUUACAUUGGAAUGUGUUUUGCAGCCCCUGAGAAAAAGCUCUAUUACUUCUACACAGCUAGCGAUGGCUGGAAAUUGUACACCUUGAUUGCAGUCAUUCUGCCGACGAUUACAAGCCUCCUCGCCCUCUAUUGGUCACAGAAGAGGUGGAGUAAUCACCCUCUGGCGCGAUUGCUGUCCUAUAAUGCCCUCCCGCAUUCUGGCUGGUGGGUGGUGGCCUCUUCUAUCAACACAGAGUUCCGGAGAAUCGACAAGUUUGCAACCGGGGUUACCGGAGCCAGAGUCAUUGUCACUGACACAUGGGUGAUGAAAGUGACCACUUAUAGGGUUUAUGUGGCCAAGCAAGAAGACAUUCACCUUACAGUCACUGAAUCCCGGCAGCAUGAACUGUCCCCUGAAGCCAACACACCUGUCCAGUUUAUUACAAUCAGGGUGGCCAGCAUUAAUCCCAAAGUCAGGCCUUUCGAUAUCAGGUUGAAUUCCACAGAAUAUGGGGAGCUGAGGGAGAAGCUUCACGCCCCUAUCCGAAACGCAACCAAUGUGGUCAUCCAUCAGACCUUGAGUGACAUCUUCCUGGAAACCUUCCGAUCUGUUGUGGAAUCCAAUCGGUUCUACGAGCUGCCUAGCAACCAGGAACUGGAGACCUGCAUUGGCUGCAUGCAGACUAACGCCAACAUCAAGCUUGUGAAAUAUUGCCAGGAAUCCAACGAAGGAGAAUGCCAACAGUGCUACUGCAGACCCAUGUGGUGCCUUACCUGUAUGGGGAAGUGGUUUGCAAGCCGCCAGGACCAGCAACACCCAGAGACCUGGCUGUCGAGCCAAGUGCCUUGCCCCACUUGCCGGGCCAAAUUCUGCAUUGUAGACGUCUGCAUAAUACGGUGACUCUCAACCCUCGCCGCCUGGGAGUCUUUCUGUUCCGGACUUGUUCUGUAAGCCAAAGUGUUCCGAUAUGUUCCCAGACGUAGAACAUGAGCCCUGAUGGGCUACUCACAUGCA